AUGCGCCGCAAGGCCCUCGCCGAGGUCUCGGAGAAGGGCCUGUACAAGGAGACGCACCCGCGGCUGGUCCACCGCGGCGAGAAGAUGUCCGUGCCAAAGUUCAAGAGGAAAUGGAUCCAGGACAAGCUCGAGGAGGGGAGCGACGAGAUCGUCACCCUGUAUGGCCGCGUCCAAUCUGUCCGCUCCCACGGGAACAAGCUCGUCUUCGUCACCAUUGUCAAUGAGUUCGAAAAGAUCCAGGGCAUGAUCAACUUCCGCAACCUGAGCGAUUCCAACGUGACCAAAGAUACCUUCAAGCUCUUCUCCCGCAUCAUCGAGAAGGGCGACCACAUCUCCAUCACCGGCAAGCCCUCCCGGACGUCCACCGGCGAGCUCACCCUCAACGCCGUCCUCCUACCGGAGCUCCUCUCCCCGGCCAUGGAGCAGAUCCCCCAGACCCUCACCGACGCCGAAACCCGCGCGCAGAAGCGCCACCUCGACAUGAUCGUCAACCCCGAGGUCUCCGAGGUCCUCCGCCUGCGGUCGCACAUCACCAAGUACAUGCGCGACUACUUCCACGAGCGCAGCUUCCUCGAGUUCCAGACGCCCAUCCUCGCCGAGAACGCCGGCGGCGCCGUCGCCCGCUCCUUCACCACCGCCGCCACCGAGUUCCCCUCCCGCGAGCUCUCCCUCCGCAUCGCCCCCGAGCUCUGGCUCAAGCGCCUCGUCGUCGGCGGCGUCCACAACGUCUUCGAGAUCGGCCCCGCCUUCCGCAACGAGGGCAUCGACGCCACCCACAACCCCGAGUUCACCAUGUGCGAGUUCUACAGCGCCUACACCACCCUCCCCGAGCUCAUAUCCCGCACCGAGGAGCUGCUCUCCGGCCUGGCCGACCGCUGCCAGGAGCUCAUCGCCACGGAGCUGACCUCGCUCCAGCCCAUCGACGCGUCCAAGUUCAGGCGGCCCUUCCGGCAGCUCGAGUUCGUACCCGCGCUGCAGGAGGCCCUGGGCGGGAUCCGGCUGCCGAAGCUGACGGGCAAGGACGCGUACUCGGAGCUCGUGGCCGUGCUGGCGCUCUGCAAGAUCGAGGUCCCGGGGGGCCUGCCGCCGACGAUGCCGAAGCUGCUCGACCGGCUGGCGGCCAUCUACCUGGAGCCCAAGUCGUUCGAGGCGCCCGUGUUCGUGACGCACCACCCGGCGUGCAUGAGCCCGCUGGCCAAGAGCUUCCUGUGCCCCAAGACGCUGCAGCUCGUGUCGGCGCGGACGGAGCUGUUCGUCAACGGCCGCGAGCUGGCCAACAUGUACGAGGAGGAGAACGACCCCGUGGCGCAGGCGCGCAAGCUCGCGGAGCACCGGAUGCUGGGCACCGGGAAGGGGGCUGACGGGGAGGAGGAGGAGGAGGCCGCGAGGGACGCGCCGCUUGAUAAGAGCUAUAUCAAGGCUCUCAACGCAGGACUGCCGCCCACGGGUGGCUGGGGAUGCGGUGUUGAGCGGCUCGUCAUGCUGUUUUCUGGGGCCAACAGGAUUAGCGAUUGUUUGAGCUUUGGGACGCUACGGAACGUUGUCGGCUUGUCAUCUGGAGAGCAGAGUCAGGAGCAGGCUGAAGAGCAGGAACAGAAGGAUGAGUCUUCUUGA